ACAGCGCCUGGUGAUUCAUUCAGUCGGCUCGCGGAGUGCUGAGUGCAGGCGCAGACCCGCUGUAUGUUUACAAUCAAAAGAAUACAUACAAUAUCUCAUUUUAUACCGCUACAAACGUGUUGUUCUGUUGCCAUCCUUGGAAUUGAACAAACCAACCCGAUAGGUGUCAAAAAACCUAAAAAUGGAUGUAAUUCAGAAACUCGAAAGUAUAAGCUGGUGUAAAGACCAGUGGGACCCUCCAAUUAUAAACGAUGAAGCGAAACAGUUACUAGAGGAAUGCACAAACGUAACUCAAGCAGAACUAAUAGAUGAUCUCCAAGAAAUCAUCAAGAGAAGCGACAACUUCCCCAUUGAGUUUCCGAUUGAUACAGUCAGAUUAAAGAACCUUAUAACAAGGAGACCUAUUGAAAAGCUGAAAGAAAAUGUAAGGUCUACGUACCCUAUACUCCAUGAACGGGUGCUCGUCCUCAUGGCGAAUUUUUUAGUUUACAAGAGGAAAUACGGAUCUAACAUCGAAAGGGAACUGUAUUCUAAAAUGUCCGUCAUAGAACUCAUUGAUAGGAUACUGAAGAAGCGGGCUAUAUGUUUUAUGUCUAAACGAGAUCUUUACAAGCUUCGAACUGGCGAGAUGGGUGUAGACGGUUGGGAGAAUAUCGGCACACUGAAUGAGCAUCCUCCGCUGGUGCUGGCUGACUACCUGAGCUACGACGAGCUGAAGCUGUCCGCGCUGGUGUCCAUCAGCGGGCCCACCGCCUACAUCAACGAUGGCACGCGCCGCAACUCCGGCGUCGUCAAGGAAGACAAUAUCGAAACUGACGCCAUUAUUAUCGGAAUCAUAGGGCCCCGUUUCCAGCGUCCAGGGCGUGUUGAUUGCGAAGAUAUUCUCAUUACGGAAGAACAAAAUCGCGAGGAAAAUGGAUACGGAACUAAUACAGCUUCUCAGUCGGUGACUGCGAAACAAAUGUGGAGGAAAUUGUGGACGGACUUCUAUCAGAUUCCGAGCGUGACGUACGCGGAGUUGUUAUCGAAUGUGGCGUCGAUAGAGAACGCGGAGCGGGACUCACGCGUAUUUACACAGCGGUUCACACGACGGCCGCUCUCGAGCGACGUGUUCGAUGCAACUGCGUACUCGAGGCGGCUCACGCUGCUGGCAGAUAUGGUGUUGCUAGAAGCCAAUGCUUGCGCUGCCGCCGCCUGCAAACCUGCCUUUGUCAAUAUUAUCGGUGCAGGUCUCGGCGCGUGGAGGAUAUCGCACCACCAGCUGGACCUGUACAUCCUGACGUUCCUGCAGAGGAUACACUCGCUGCUCGGCGACGGGGCUCUAAACAAUGUAUCUGACGUCAAUUUUGCCUACAUAGUACCUGUUGAAAGUGUGCUUCCUUUAUUUAUUUCUGAGAACGAAUCUUCAACGGUAAAAAAACUCUUUCUUGAAAAUGAAGCACAUCCUAAAGGAGGCAUCAGCGUGCAGGUGGAGAACCGCGAACCGUCGUCCGCGCUGGUCGGCGAGCACGCCGGCAAGCUGCUCGUCAUGACGUACGCCUGGGACGGGAACGCGCACCCCGGCAACGAGUUCUGGGCAGGUAACUUGACGUCGUCGGGCGACCCGGCGGCGGCGUGCUCGACGCAGGUGAGCGAGCUGCACAGCGCGGCCGUCAACCCCGCCGUCUGCGGCCGCAACGCGCGCGUCGCCGCCUCGUGCGGCCUGCGCUCGCUCGCAGCCGCCGCAGCGAACCUCGUUUGAACACCUAGCCGAGUUAUAUUAUCUGUGAUUGUACAAAGAUUUGCGUUACAAUCGCAUUAGCAUGGUCGGCGAUUGGUUUGUUCUUAAAAGUUACUCGUACCUGCACCUCUAGCGAAUAGGUUUGAAAAUUGAAUUUCUAUACUAACUUGUUGACAUAAACAUGAAACGUGACGUAAUCAUGAGAUAAACUUUUGUACAACUCACACUAGCCACAGGCCCCAGUGUGAGUGUUUAGCGUGAGUUGUACUAAAAAGUUUACAAUCGCAUUCACGUUGACUCGAAAAGAUUGAAAUUUUAUUUUUAUUGAACUUUGAACUGCGCAUCUACUCGUAAGUGAUAGUUUCGAAUACUCAAAUUUGCAUACAAUCUUAUCGACAUAAAUGUAAACGCGAAAGUUACGUAAGUCUUUGUACAAGGCACGCAAAACAGUUGACCGCAUUAUGAAUUUGAAGAAUAAACUAUUUAUAUGAAAAUUGUAAACCAAUUAUAAUUAAAUUAUUCUAAACUUUUUUAUUUCCUA